UCUGCUCCUCACCGUUUGAGCUCACAAAAUCCACCGAAGGAAAAUGGCAAAGGGACACCAACCGCACCACGCUGCUGCGGCACACGGCAAGCAUCAUCGCCAUACGACCAGAAGACCUCAAUUGUGGGCCGCGUCGCACGUUGCGGAUGGGAUUCACUUGCCGUGGGUGGUGGUGCUCCAGGCGAUCGUUGUUGUGUUUGGCUCGGUGCUGGCCAACCUCGACGCCGAGCACUACUUUGCCGACAAGACCAACAUUCUCAACAUCAUGUUUGUCAAGCGCGGGUGGGCCUGGACGGUCGGGCUGCUCGUCGUGUUCAAGCUGGCGGUCGUGCUCGACGGUCGCCAAUCGUGGCGCCAUUUCAGCAACGUGUGCGCGCGCCUCGCCAUCGCCACCGCCGGCUGGUGGUGCGUGACGACGGGACUCGAUACGGUGCGUCACUGGACGGGCGUCUGCUCGGAUCCGCUCCACGAGACGCGCAGAUUGUGCGUCCACAAUGGCCACCGCUGGGACUCGCUCGAUCUGUCGGGACAUACGUUCCUGCUCGCGUUCUCCAUGCUCGUUAUCUGGGAGGAGUUGCGCCCGCACUUUGAGCUGCCGUUUGAGCGCGCAACGGCGGCUGCUCUCGCCACGGAAGCCUCCUCGUCGUCGCCGUCCGAGUCAUCCUCGCCCAACCUGAACCUGAACCUGAACCCGAACGGAGCAUCCACGUCAGCAGAGACCGGGACGGGCCGGCUAUCAACACCUGCCUUGUGGGUCCUUGUAGCACUCUUUGUUCUUUGGGCGUUCAUGCUGUGCACGACGGCACUGUACUUUCACACCUGGGUGGAGAAGCUCGUUGGCUUGCUUUUGGCCCAAGCAAUCUGGUUUUUGCAGUAUCCCACCUUCCUGCAGACCCACCGCUACCCCGGUCCGCCACCGCAUAUUUAAGCGGGAUUUUCGGUGUGGUUUGUUUUUGUUUGUCAGAGGGUGAAGUUGUGAAUGUUGGUUGUUGGAUUGGAUGACGCUUUGU